UCGCCUGAUUUCAGGGAAAGAGAAACUGAAGUGUAGUUGAGCUGUUGUGUGUUUGUGUCUCUGUAUUCAAGCAGUAAAAUGGCAGAAGCCAGAUUUUCUCAGGAUGAGUUCUUGUGUCCAGUGUGUCUGGAUCUGCUGAAGGAUCCAGUGGCUAUUCCCUGUGGACACAGUUACUGUAAGAUCUGUAUUACAGACUGCUGGGAUCAGGAGGAUCAGAAGAGAGUCUACAGCUGUCCUCAGUGCAGACAGACCUUCAGUCCAAGACCUGCUUUAUCUAGAAACACCAUGCUGGCUGAAGUGGUGGAGAAACUGAAGAAGACCAGACUCUCUGAUGACUGUUACGCUGGAGCUGGAGAUGUGCAGUGUGACGUCUGUACUGGAAGAAAAUACAGAGCCGUCAAGUCCUGUCUGGUGUGUCUGAACUCUUACUGUCAGAAUCACCUCGAACAACAUGAGAGUUUCUUUAGAGGAAAGAGACACAAUCUGACUGAAGCUACUGGACGACUGCAGGAGAUGAUCUGCCAGAAACAUGAGAAGAUCCUCGAGGUUUUCUGUCGCACUGAUCAGAAAUGUAUAUGUAUGAUGUGUACAGUUAUUGAACAUAAAAACCAUGACAUUGUAUCAGCUGCAGAUCAGAGGACAGAGAAACAGAAGCAGCUGAAGGAGACACAGAAGACGCUCCAGCAGAGAAUCCAGCAGAGAGAGAAAGAUCUCCAGCAGCUGAGAGAGACUGUGGAGUCUCAUAAGCGCUCUGCACAGACAGCAGUGGAGGACAGUGAGAGGAUCUUUACUGAGCUCAUCCGCUCCAUUGAGAGAAGCCGCUCUGAGCUGAUACGACUGAUCAGAGAUCAGGAAAAGACUGCAGUGAGUCGAGCUGAAGAACGACUGGAGCGACUGGAGCAGGAGAUCAAUGAUCUGAGGAGGAGAGACGCUGAGCUGGAGCAGCUUUCACACACACAGGAUCACAUCCAGUUCCUGCAGAGUUUCCAGUCUCUCUCAGCUCCUCCUGAAUCUACAGAUGUAAAUGAUGAUCUCUUCAGUUCUCUCUUCUCUUCUGAUGAUCUGAGAGAAUCUGUCCAUCAGCUGAGAGACAAACUGGAGGAUUUCUGUAAAGAGCAGCUCAAGAAGAUCUCAGACAGAGUUACACUCACCAGCAUUGAUCUCUGGACCAGGAACGACUUCCUACAAUAUUCCCAUCAGUUCACUCUGGAUCUGAACACAGUGAAUAAACUCCUCCAUCUGUCUGAGAACAACAGAGUUAUUACUGGUACAGACACAGAUCAGUCGUAUCCUGAUCAUCCAGACAGAUUUGAUGUGUGUCAGGUGUUGUGUAGAGAGAGUGUGUGUGGACGCUGUUACUGGGAGAUUGAGUGGAGAGGAAAUGAUGGUGUGGAUAUAUCAGUGUCAUAUAAGAGCAUCAGCAGGAAGGGACGGGGUAAAGAGUGUGUGUUUGGACGUAAUGAUCAGUCCUGGUGUUUGAUCUGCUUUCCCUUCAGUUACUCAUUUAUACACAAUAACAUAGAGACUGAUCUCCCUGUAGAGUCCAUCAGCAGCAGAAUAGGAGUGUUUGAUGAUGAUGAUAAGGAGGAAGAGGAGGAAGAGAAUGAUGAUGAUGAUGUUGUCAGGAGAAUAGGAGUGUUUGUGGAUCACAGAGCAGGAACUCUGUCCUUCUACAGCGUCUCUGACACAAUGAGCCUCAUCCACACAGUCCAGACCACAUUCACUCAGACGCUCUAUCCUGGGUUUUGGGUUGGUCUUGGAUCAUCAGUGAAACUGUGUUGAUUAAUCAGAGUUGACUGACGAGAGAUUCUACCCAUAAUGCUUUGAGCUGCAUGAUGAAUCAGUAACAGUGAGAUGUUAAAGUCUCUUCUUCUCUUUCUCUUUCUUCCUCCCUCUACAGAGUCUGCUGAGUUACCAUGUGUUUCUCUGGUUUUAUUUGUGUUGACUGAAUUCAGUCAUUUAGUUUUUAAUGUAGUAUCACAAUUAAAAUUUUUACUAUUAAAAUGAAUUUUCAUGUUCAUAACUCACAAAAAGAGUGCAUUUCUUUAGAUUGUAUAAGUAAGCAAACUGGAAUGCAUGUGAUAUCUUGCUGUGUAACGGAUGAGAUGGCUGGUGUUCAGCGAGUGACACACACACACACACACACAUUUGUUACUUAAACCGUCUCUGUAGAUAAUGAGUGAGUGGGCCGCUGCUGUUAACACACACAUUAAUGCUUCUGGCCUUCAAAUCCUCAAGUCUUUUCAGUGUGUUUAUAAGCCAGUUCUCUAGAUUAAAACAAUCGCUAUCAGUUCUGAUCUAUACUAAUAAAUUAAAGCAUAGAAUGAUGAAUGCAUACACAGAACGCGAUGAAUGAAUGAAUGCAUUGAUGGUUGCAUGAAGAACCUUUAACAUCCAUAAAACCUUUCCAUUGCAAAAAAAAAAUGCUUUUUUUCUUUGUAUUUUUUUUAUUUUUACACUAUAAGAAAAAAUGGUUCCUCUAUGGCCUCACUGUGAAAACCUGUUUCUGGAGCCUUUGUGUUUAAGAGUGCAUGAAAUGACGUGACUGUUCAGACGGAUGUGAUUGUGGACGUGUCUCAUCUUCUCUCCAGUCUCUAACAGACAGACAGAGAGACAGAGGUCUCCAUUACUGCUGCGGUGAUUGUAUUAUCCUUCUAUUUAAUGGAAUAAAAAAAAAAAAAAAAAAAAACAG